AUGGCACAAGAGAGCACAGAUAUAAUAUUGUCCGUAAUUAUAGACUUUGAAAUAUACAUAAUAAUAUUCAUAUUAUUAGUAUAUUUUGCAACUAAGAAAAUCCAUAAAAUAAUUGAUUCCAAUUUUUAUAAUGAUGAUAAAUUAUUUAAGAGAUUAUCAAAACAUUUUUAUAUAGCAGAGGUGUCUGCAUAUUUUAGUCCGUUCAGAUAUAUAUUUCAAAGUGCUGUAUAUCAUUCAUAUUAUUUUCUAACAAUAUUUAUAUUAAUAUAUAUUUUUAGAUUGUAUUCUAGUUAUAAGAAAUGGAUGAGACAGUAUUUUUUAUCAUAUUUUAAUUUCUCAAAUUUGAACACACCAGAUAUUAAUGAACCAGAAAAUAUCCGAGAAUAUGAUGGAUUACAUGUUACAUUUAUUAUAUCCUUUGUGUUAGGAAACUUUGCUUCUUUUUAUUUUUAUAAAUAUUUAUGUAAUAUAUUUAAAAGAGAUAGUAGAAGAUAUAUAGAUAUGAAAAGAACUAAUGUAUUAAAAUAUUGUGUAGAAUUAGCAAAGGAGGCUUAUAAUGAAUUUCUAAAAAAUCAACUUCAAAAAAAAAAGAAAAAUUCUAAAAAUUCUAAAAAUAAAAAAAAUAAAAAAAAUAAAAAAAUACCCAAAUUUAAAUUUGAUUUAAAUGCAAACCCAGAAACUUUAAUUAUUAAUAGUGAUAUUAAUACAUAUGAGCCAAGUCAAAAUAAUGUAGGUCCAGAAAUUAAACUAAAGAAAAAAAAUAAUAUUUUAUUUAAAAUGCUUAACAUUGUUUAUAUAAAUACACAUGUAUUACAUGGAGAAAAUACAUUAUAUGAAGAUCGUCCUUUAAAAAAGGAAAAUGAUUCGAAAUUUGAUAGUAAGAAACUUCUUUUAAAAUUGUUGAAGUUCUUGUGGAAUUGUAUAAUGGCUUUAAGAAAGAUACAGACAACAAAGGAUGAGGUCAAAGUGGUUGAUGGCACGAAGGAAGACUUACCAAAUAAAAUGGUUGAUAAGGAAAAUGGAACGACUGAUAAAGAAAAUGGAACGACCGAUAAAGAAAAUGGAAUGACAGAUAAAGAAAGUGGAACGACCGAUAAAGAAAAUGGAAUGACAGAUAAAGAAAGUGGAACAACAGAUAAAGAAAAUGGAACAAAAGAUAAAGAAAAUGGAACAACUGAUAAGGAUAAUAUAACAACAGAUAAGGAGUAUGAAAUAAAUGAUGUAAAAGAAGAAAUGAGUGAGUCCAUAAACAAUACGAAUAAUAUGAAUAAUAUAGAUAAUAUAGAUAAUUUAAAUAAUUCAUAUAAUACGAAUAGUACAACCAAUGAGGAACAUAUCUCACCAUCUAUUAACAUUAAUGAUAUUAAAAUAAAUAAUAAUGACGAAACGGAUGAAGCAAAAUAUACACCCCAGGGUAGUACUAUCAGUAACAUUAGUAUAAAUGGUAAUGAAAAAUAUGCAGAUAAGGUGACUGAUAAGAAUAAUAUCUUGAUGAGUUCAUUAAAUGCAGAAGAAUUAAAAAAAAACCAAAAUAAUAUUAUUAAUACUAAUAAUAAUGAUAAUAAUAAUAACAAUAACAAUAUUAAUAAUAACAAUGUUGGUAAUUUGAAAAAUGAUGUGGUAAAUACAGAAAAUACAACUGCUGAGUCAGAAUAUACUGAUAUUAACUUAUGUGAUAUAAAAUCAGGUCAUCAUGAUGUAUACGUAUGUAAUUCACAUUAUCAAUUCAAAAGCAUAAUUGAAAUACUAAUGUUAAAUUUACCUAUAUAUUUUUUCUUUAAAAAUAAAUUGUAUGUUAAAACAUCCUUCACCAUAAUGUUAUAUAUUUUAAAUUUUAUUAUAUGGAAUAUUAUUACACUCCUAUCUAUGAUUAAACCCUCAUUAUUAGUUUAUUAUUAUAUUAUUAAUGAACAUAUUUCCCAAAUCUUAACUGAAAAUAUUAAUGAAUUUGAAAAAAAAAUCAUGCUACACUUUUUUUAUGGAUUUUUUUGUUCUUCUCUUAUAUAUUUAAAAUAUUAUUUUAAAAUAGAAUUUAAAUUAAUAAAAAUUGAACAUAUGAAUAAUAUUGAUAGAAUGAUUAAUAAUUCCUUGAAAGAAGCUCAUAAAUUAAAAUUAAGGAAAAUGAUCAAAAAUUAUGAUAAAUUAAAAAUUUUUCCAUUACUUUUAGAUUACCAAAAAAAUUGUAUAUAUGUCGAAAAAACAUUAUUAAAAAAUAAUAAAGAAAUUGAAGAAUUGAUAAAACUACGAAAAUUAAAAAACGAACAGUUAUGUUUAGAGAAUAUUAAUCAAAUAGCCAAAUAUUGUGAUAAAGAAACAGCUAAUGAAUUAUUAAAAAAAAUUAAAAAUAUAUUAUUAAACGAAUUACCUGAAAGAUUAACUAAUAACUUAACUCAAAAAUUAACAGAUGAAAUAUAUGAUAGUAUGAAAAAAGAACAUCUCUCAUCAGAAGAUAAGGAAAAUAAUAAUUCUACAUCAUCAUCUUCAUUUUCCCCACUUAAAAAAGGUUUAAUACAAAGAUUUAUUCACGGAAGAAAGGUUAAUAAGAAUGACGAAGACCUUAAUAAUAAUUCAAAAUAUUAA